AUGUCUAACCAGCUUGAAGACGAUCUGCGUCGUGUUCUGCGACUUGCACGGGCUGAAGCAAAGGCGAACAAGCUGAAGAACGGCAAGAAAAACGGUGCCAGGUCAACCAACCAACAAAAAGAACAGCGACACCGCCAUGAUCGAUAUCUUCAGGGUGCUAAAGGAGAUCGUUCGACGCUGCUCACCGCUAAGUUGCAAGGUUUAUCGGUAAUCUACGGGCUCGACUCCAGCUCGCGGCAUCUCGGAGACUGCAGCAGCAAGUCGGUGCUGUAUCAUCAACACAAGAACGACCCGGAGGAAGACGACGAAGUGUUGCAGCUACGUCUGGAUGCUCGUCGAACGCUGUACAAACGGCACUACGCGGGUACUUUGGCCGAUUCCAGCGGGCGUAAGCGCAAGAUGGAGCAUCUGCUGGAAGCCGCUGCCCGAGAAGCUCGCUCGUCUCGAGCCAUGGGCGUGGGGAUCGGUGCCGCGGUGCUCACUGAAUCGGAAACAAUCUACGCCGCCAGCGCCAUCGAGAACGGGGCGAUGACACUAUGUGCUGAGCGUGCUGCAGUGUUGAAGAUGGUAACGUCGGCCGCUAACUCGCCCAGUCCUGUCGUGAUAGCCAUGGUUAUCUGUAGUGAGCAGCAGGACAUGCUCCCGUUCCCUUGCGGUUCUUGUCGUGAGCUUCUAGCAGACCUGGGAGACUUCCCAGUUCACCUCGUCAAUGCUCUAGGCGACAAAGAGGAGACUCGAAGCUUGGCUCUGUUCCCACGAGCAAGACACUCGGAGCUGACGCAGAUACUCGGCAAACCUAAAUCUUCGCAGAGUACGCGAACUCCAGUACGAACCCCACCAAGUUCAUCUCCGCUGGUUGAUCAGACCCCACUGGAAGUGAAGGAUUGGAACACAGAGCAGGUUAUCCAGUGGCUUGAGAAAGACGUCGGCCUCCCUCAGUAUCGAGAGGUCUUUGAACGCAACACCGUGGAUGGAUGCACGCUGGUACUGCUUGAAGGGAGUGAUCUGCAGUUGCUGCUGGGCAUCACCAACCCGCAGCACCGCUCCAAGCUGCUCACACACGUGGAUCGACUGCGUGAUCGGGAACUCAUCGCUCGUGGCCUCGACUACACGCAGCUCGAAGAUUACUUGGCCGUACUCGACAUCGAUCGAGUAAGCGCAGUAGCGCAACUCAAGACGACGUUCGACCGACUGGAUGCAGACCACGACGGAUUCUUAGACUUCAACCAAAUCAAGCAAGCACUGUCACGCCUUCGAUGCACAAUUCCAGGCGCUCUUGACUCCAAUACAGUGGACGCAUCGGCUCAAGCUGCCGAGCGCUUACUGCACAGCGAAGAGCUCUUCGGACAAGAGGCCGCAACUUCAGGCAAAGUUUCGUUCCCAGCUUUUGCACGGGCCUUCUCGAAGUUUGCCACACAGCCUGCAGAUACCCCCGCUGUCACCCAAGGAGCAUUUGCUGUUCACGCGUUCGGCCCCAGACUCCCAGUGCUGGAUCUGACCAAUUUACGCAAGUGUUUCGAUCAACAAGCUGGUGAUGCCUGCUCUCUCGAUGAACAAGGGCUGGUCCGAUUGCUAAAGGAGCUUGGACAGAGCGAUACUUGCAGUGCAGAGCUCGCGUGUCGAUGGUUGGACGCCCAGGAUGAGGUGGACGAGGCAAGUGAGACCGUAACUUUUGCCCUAUUCAUCACCCGAUACGCGCAGCUCAUGGACACCAAAGAGGAGACAGAAGUCACCAAUGUAGCAAGACUGCAGCAGCUCUUCGUCUCGUAUGAACCUGUGCACUCCUCGCGAUGGAAACCCCGAACUGUGGUGCAGCGUGCGCUUUCGACCUUGUUUCCGAUGGUUCCUGCCGACGAGGUGACCGCUUGGUGCGCGAGCUUCUGGCCAGCGAAAGUGCCAAGAAUGACUGAGGACGGAGCUGUUGGAGCUAAGCGCAAGAAGAAAACCACCACGACGUUGAGCUUCCCGGAGUUUGCUUUGGCGUGCUUGGAGUUCGCAGCUGAAGUCUACGCGCGUGAACAAGAGGCAGCGUCCAUCAAGCGCUCUCUACGUAACGACGCAUUGGUUCAUCGCAGUCGUGUAGUACACUUGCACAGCUCUGGCCACGUGCGAAUGUGUCCACAACCUCCUAGUGAUUCCAAUCAACCCGACACAAAGCAAGAUAAGCCGUCCAAACCGCAGGUAGGGAGCAAGUCUCAGCGCCGAACCAACCACGAAGAUGACGACGACGGAAAACGUUCCGAUAGAGAAGGCAAAGCGCAGGACAGCGACGACGAUGACAAGUCCCGACAAACCCAGAGGCAACGGCGACGCGGACAGCAAGUGGACGACGCAUUCGACCGGUUUGCUAGACGACACGGGGCACAAAUCCGCAGCGCAAAGGAGGAGGAUGCAAAAGACGAUAGCGACAAAGAGGAAGAAGAGGAUCCGAGUUGUAUGCUCAACGCAGUAGAAGCAGCUCAAGCAGCGCUGGAGCUAGGCGCGGCAUUAUCCCGGGAACAAGUGCUGCGUUUCCUCGAGCGCGAAGGCCUGGGUAGAAUUCGUCGGCGAGAUAUAUCCCGGAAUGCUUUCCACCGGCUCAUGAAGCGACUUGAUGCCAACCAGAGCUACCCCCGCGAUCUUCUUCUCGAUGUCGCUACACCGAGUGAACAGCAACGAGUGACGACGUCUCCACGAAAGGGGCGUACUACCAGCAAGAGUCCUCGCUAUCGUGCGUACAAGACCAGACUGGACUAUGACGAAUUCUUGAGGCAAAAGCUCGCAGCAUCCAACGGAACUCAAUGGGAGAAAGAAGUCGAGGCUCUUCGACGCAAGCAGCAGCGCCGAGAAGAGCGACGAUCAAGCAAGACGCGCAAAAAGCACCGCCACCACCGCAGUACUCGGCGGAAAGAUGACAGCGACGAUGACGGGAAACACGAUAGUGAAGACGACGGUAAACACGACAGCGACAGUGACAACACAGGAAGCACAGCUUCAGAGAGCAGCACUGAUUCAAGAACACACCGACGACGGAGAUCGCGUAGACGAAGCCGUUCAAAGCACUCACACAAGAGGCACCACCGUCAGCAUCGCUCCAGAGCGCGCUCCAGUUCAUCCGGAUCGUCCACUGAAACUGAUACAACGUCCUCCACCGAAAGCACGCGAUCGUCCACACAGCGUCGCGGGAGACGAAAAGGUUUCGCUCCCGGAUCACGCGUAGCCAGCAUGGUUCACGGUCGUGGCACCAUUGAGCGCGUCUACCGAGACUACUUCGUAGCCGACGUGCACUUCGACAGUGGCCGUCACUUGCGCAACGUCGAGUUCAGCGGACUGCGAGUGCUGGAUCCCGACGACGAGUUGCUUGGAGCUGGGAAGACAGGCUUCAACGUGGGCUCGCGAGUCACCGUGGCUCACAAAGGCACCAACACUCGGCGACAGGGGAAGAUCGUCUUGUGUCGCACCGAUGGGACGUUUGACAUCUUGGUGAACGAGUUCGGUCUGGCUCAGACCAUGAAGCGCAUCCCUCGCAGCGCGUUGGCUCUCGCCAACGUGAAGCCCGUAGCUUACCGUGAAGGGGCUCGCGUUAUGGUUCGACAGCGCACCGAGUACUUGCGAGGGAAGGUCUGCACUGUUCGAACUGACGGGACGUACGAUGUGAAGCUGGCCCGAUCUCCUCAAAGAGUCCUCCAGCGUCUCGCUCCUGACCUGCUAGCUCCCGACGAUGGAGAGGACGGAGACAGCGACGACGACAAUGAAUCCGACAAAGACUUUCCUGCCACGACGAAGACACGAACCCGCCCGAAGACGGAGGAGUCCGAAGACGAGUUCGAGCCGGAAUUCUCGCGCGGCGACCGGGUCGAAGCUCGAUUCGGCGGUCAGGCUGCGUACUACCCAGGCACCGUCGAGCGCGUGCACCCCAACGGCUCGUGCGAUAUCUCGUACGACGACGGCGACGAGGAAGAGCGCGUCGCCGCUCACUUGAUCCGCCCUCUAUUAUCUUCCAAGCCCAAGCCGAAGUCAGUUCCAGCCACCAAGAAGAAGACGACGAAGUCGGACGACGGAUACGAGUCGGAUCUCUUCGAAAGCGACUAA